CCUGGGGUUGGGCAGAGCCCAGUUCCGUGCAACUUUCAAGUGAGUUGCAAACUCCGCCCCGAGGCCGGUGCAGGUGUUCUGGCGCACUGGGGCCGUGGGGACCCGCACGAACGCAGGCUGCGACCAGCCACCCCUGGCCCGGGACCCACAGCGCCCCCGGCAAUGGCCGAACGCCUGGUUCUCCGGGGCAGGAAGUGCGCGUCGGAGCUGUAACUGCCCGAGCGGCGGGGCGGAAGAGCGUGCCGGCCGGUACCGGCUCCCAACUCGGUUCCUGCCUGCCCCGGCCCGCUGGUCUCCCUAUUCUUCAGGCUUCCAGCACUGCGGAGUUAGUGGGCGGUGGGCUCCGCCUCCACCAAGAGGCAGCCCGAGCGCCCCUGUGGUUCCCACACCUUCACUGUUAAUCCCAUCCCAGCGCAGGCGUGAGCGUCCCUCUGGGCGUCUUCCUGGAGGGAUCUCCCUUCGCUCCCGAGACUGCAGGAUGGUGUCCUGGAUGAUCUGUCGCCUGGUGGUGCUGGUGUUUGGGAUGCUGUACCCAACUUAUGCUUCCUACAAGGCUGUGAAGACCAAGAACAUUCGUGAAUAUGUUCGGUGGAUGAUGUACUGGAUCGUCUUUGCACUCUUCAUGGCAGUGGAGACCUUCACAGACAUCUUUAUUUCCUGGUUCCCUUUCUACUACGAGAUCAAGAUGGCAUUUGUGCUGUGGCUGCUUUCGCCCUAUACCAAGGGGGCCAGCCUGCUUUACCGCAAGUUCGUCCACCCAUCCUUGUCUCGCCAUGAGAAGGAGAUCGACACCUACAUCGUGCAGGCCAAGGAGCGCAGCUACGAGACGGUGCUCAGCUUUGGGAAGCGGGGCCUCAACAUUGCCGCCUCGGCUGCUGUGCAGGCAGCCACCAAGAGUCAGGGCGCACUGGCUGGAAGGCUGCGGAGCUUCUCCAUGCAGGACCUGCGCACCAUCUCCGAUGCCCCCGCCCCCACCUACCAGGAUCCCCUCUACCUGGAGGACCAGGUACCCCACCGCAGGCCACGCAUCGGGUACCGGGCAGGGGGCCUGCAGGACAGUGACACCGAGGAUGAGUGUUGGUCAGACACAGAAGUGGUCCCCCAGCCAUCAGCGCGGCCCCGAGAGAAGCCUCUGGGCCGCACCCAGAGUCUGCGUGUGGUCAAGAGGAAGCCGCUGGUGCGGGAGGUCGGUGGGCACCUCGCGCUCCCUGAAGGUUCGGACGAGGAAAAAGACCACGCCUUCAGACAUGGACAGCUAGGGUCUACGGAGCCUGGCCCGGUCUUACCUCGUGCCUUGCAGGGCAUUGGGACUGUUUGGAGGGACCUCUGGCUGCACGUCUGGCCUGCCCGCACCAGCGGCCUGCGUGCUGCCCUCCUGACCCUUGCUGUCGGUUAUGGGCCGUGUGUGGGGCUGCACCCAUGAUGUACCAAAGCAGGCUGGGCUCAGGGUUCUAUUUAUUGUCUUCCUCGCCCUUCUACCUUCCCAGGUGUGGGACCAGAACCCUCCCCAGACC